AUACUAGCCCGUACACGUAGUUCAAAAAAAAUUAUUAGGGCACAUUUUCAACGCAAGGUCGCCACGCGUCUUCUAACGGUGGGAAGGAGCCAAAAUUCCAGACACGAAUCCAACGUAUGGAGGGCCUCCAAUCCAUUGCUAAAUCACCCUCCUUUCUUUCAACAAAUCAAUUUUAGAACAUCUGCUGGAUAAUUUCUCCCCAAUUGAAGGUUUUUGAACAUCAAUUUCGGCAGAGCUUUAGGAACUCUUCAUCCAUCAUGUCUAAGACAGAGGAGACUAAUGGAAUCCUUCCGUCAUCAUCGGACGAACCAUCACCGGCGAUUUUCACUAGUAAACUUGUUUCACCAAUUCAUACAUUCUUUGCCAUGAUCAUAUGGCUGGGCUCUGUUCAUCUUAUACUUCUUCUCAUUGUGGCUUCAUUCUUGUUGCUCCCUUUUUACCAAUACUUACUGGUGUUGGGGAUGCUUGUGGUGCUUAUGUUUAUUCCAAUUGAUGAGAACAGUAAAUGGGGCCUUGCUAUAGCCAGGUACAUAUAUAAGUACGGGCGUGGCUAUUUUCCUGCUACUCUAUAUGUUGAGGAUAUUAAAGCUUUCAAUCCUGAUCAGGCUUACGUCUUCGGAUACGAGCCCCAUUCAGUUUGGCCAAUUGGAGCUGGAAUUCUAUCAGAGCUUACUGGUUUUAUGCCUACCGGAAAAGUCAAAAUUCUUGCAAGUACAGCUGUGUUCUACACACCGUUUCUGCGGCAUCUAUGGACAUGGAUGGGACUGUCAUUGGCUACAAGGGAAAAGUUUUCGUCUCUCUUAAAAACCGGGUGUAGCUGUAUAGUGAUCCCAGGUGGAGUACAAGAGGCAUUUUAUAUGGAGCAUGAUUCCGAGGUAGCGUUUUUAAAGGCGAGGAAAGGAUUCAUAAAACUUGCAAUGGAGACCAAUUCUCCUUUAGUUCCCGUUUUCGCCUUUGGCCAGUCCUAUGUUUAUAACUGGUGGAAACCACGAGGAGAUUUCUUCCUAAAACUCUCUCGAGCUAUUAAGUUCACACCUAUUGUCUUCUGGGGUACUUUAUGGUCUCCUAUACCCUUUCGGCGACCAAUUCUUGUGGUGGUCGGUAAACCGAUACAUUUCAAGAAGAAUUCUACACCCACCAUGGAAGAGGUUUCAGAAGUGCAUGGUCAGUUUGUGGAGGCACUUCAAAGUCUAUUCGAGAGGCAUAAAGCGAGAGCAGGUUAUCCUGAUCUUGAAUUACGAAUUAUGUGACGGCAUUUUGCAAAUUUACAGAUUUAAGUUUAUGUCCAGAAUACUCAUAGCAGCAGGUGAAGGAAUAAAAGAAUAAAGUUAAUUAGAUGUCUAUGAAGGAAGGUUUUAUGAUUUAAAACAAUAGUUGAUUACAAUUUAUGGAAUAGUAGAUGAGAAAAUCAAUAUUGUUCUCCAAAGUUGUUUGUUUUAUAAAUAAGAUUAUAUUAAUUGUCUUGUUGAAAGUUAUAAGCUUUGUACAUGAUCUUUAUUAUAUAUAUUUUUAGUGUUUACAAA